GCCUUCGCCUUCGCCUUCGCCUUCGCCCUCGCCCUCGCCCUUUGAAAUUUCCCAGUGACGAAGGAAAAUGUAUUUAAAAUAUUUACUGACGGUUCACAGCUUCACAAAAGAAGUGGUUGAAUAGAUUCGUGUUGGAUCGCUAAAAUAUAUUGUGCUUAUACAAUUUCUGCUGACCAUAGAGAAAGAGAAGAAGCAAGCUUAGCGUUCGUCUAAACGACGGUGUCACUGCAGUGACGGCAUUUGCAAAGACGAACAGUUCCAGAUAUAGUGUUUAACUCUGCGUAAUCAUGUAAAUUGUAACAUGUAGAGUACAGUACGUAUACGUAUGCGUAUCUUAUAAUGUUAUCCUGUAAGUGACAUUAGUGAAAGUUGUAAGUCUGAGUAAGCUUAGGACGUCGAGGUAGACGUCUCUUCCUAACGUUUUAAAGAUCUUCUAAACCUCUUAAAAAAAAAAAAAAAAAAAAAAAAGAAACCAAAACCGUGGUACCCACGAUCAAGUUCGACACAACAAAUCAGGUAAGGAGAUAGUGGUCGGAACUAAAAAUAGUUUUUCCUUGUCCUAGAUGGGUCAGAUAAGCGAAACUUGUCAAAUAGUAUCUUUCUUACUUGCUAUUUUUGCCCUAGAACCCUAGGGUCCUGGGGUUUAGAUUAGAUCAGGGAUAUUCUAACACAUUAAUAACGGUUUGAAAGUUCUUGGAAUUACCAAAGAUAAUCGAAGAGCAAACAGAAUCUGGAAAUUUAGUCACGACCACGAAAUAUCACAAAUGGACUGACAAAAAAGAUAACAAGGAACAACGAGAGGAAGGUAACGCAGCAAAUAUCGUUUCAGAAGAUUUGAUUGAAUCGCUCGAUGCUUCAUCGGAGCUUCACGAACUGAUUCACGAUGAACUUCAUUUACGCGAUAUUCGUUUUAUUCGUUUCCGUUCUUGUAUACGUUUUCCAUAUAAAUCGAAAGGUACGUCGUCUACCACCUGGUCCUUGGCAACUUCCGAUCGUCGGCUAUCUUCCAUGGAUCGAUGCAGAAAAACCGCACGAAACUCUGACGAAUUUAUCUAGAGUUUAUGGUCCUAUAUGUGGAUUCCGCAUGGGUUCCGUUUAUACCGUUUUAUUGUCGGAUCCUCAAUUAAUAAAGCAGACCUUCUCGAAGGAUAUGUCCACCGGUAGAGCACCUUUGUACCUUACACACGGAAUUAUGAAAGGAUAUGGUUUAGUUUGCGCGGAGGGAGAACGGUGGAAGGAUCAGAGGAAAUUCGUUAGCAAUUGCUUACGAAACUUUGGAAUGCUAAAGCACGAAGGACCAAAGCGAGAGAAAAUGGAGAAACGAAUAUCCGAUGCAGCAAAUGAAUGUGCAACGGCACUGAAAAAUCGCGGGGCAAAUGGACCGAUCGAUCCAUUAAAUACGCUUCAUCAUUGUAUGGGUAAUCUUGUUAAUAGCAUCGUAUUUGGAAAGACCUAUAAGGAGGAAGACGAAGUUUGGAAAUGGCUAAGACAUUUGCAAGAAGAAGGAGUGAAAGAAAUUGGUGUCGCUGGACCGCUCAAUUUUUUACCUUUUCUCAGAUUCUUACCACGAUACGGCCGAACGAUACAAUCAAUCGUCGAUGGAAAGGAGAAAACGCAUAAAGUAUAUCGGGAAAUACUCGAAGAACACCGUGCACAGAUCACGCAGGCAUCAGAAAAUACGAAUAGGGUCGAGAGCUUUUUGGCAGCAUUCGACGAACAAAUGAGGAAAGAAAACGGUACAAAAUCCGGGUUUUUCACAGAGCCCCAACUGUACCAUUUAUUGGCGGAUCUUUUUGGUGCUGGAACGGACACUACCCUGACCACCUUUCGUUGGUUCCUCUUAUUCAUGGCUGCCCAUCCUAUGGAGCAGGAAAAGAUACAAUCGGAGAUGGAUCUAUGUUUGAAGGAAGGGGAACAGCCGACUCUAGACGAUAGAAUCGCUAUGCCUCGUCUCGAAGCUGCUAUAGCCGAAGUGCAAAGGAUAAGGACUGUUACGCCACUCGGUAUUCCUCAUGGAACAUCAGAGGAUAUGCGGAUAGGCGAUUACGAUGUACCACGCGGUACCAUGAUCGUGCCGAUGCAGUGGGCUAUUCACACCGAUCCUGCUUACUGGCAAGAUCCUCUCGAAUUUCGACCCGACAGAUUCCUAUCCGAUGAUGGAAGUUUCUUCAAACCGGAAUCGUUUCUCCCAUUUCAAAGUGGAAAACGCGUUUGCGUCGGAGAGGAACUCGCUAGGAUGAUACUAUUUUUGUUCGCCGGAAAGAUACUGCGUGCAUUCGUUAUAUCCGUACCACCGGACGAGACCGUCGAUCUCGAAGGCGAUUGCGGCAUUACGUUAGUCCCGAAACCACAUCGCUUGAUGUUCGUUCCGCGACAUCAAUAAUUAACGAUUAUAAUCAAUAAAAGAUGUAGAUCUAAUAGAACGACUGUUGUAAUACGAUCGAUCAUCGUUACAAGUUACGAUUAUCACAAGCGUGUUUCACAGAAAUAUACAC